AUGCGGGGUCGCGGCAGGCCCGUCGCGCUGGUCCUUGAUGACGAGACAGUAACCCGCAAUCCUGGUGCAGACUUGGACAAGCAAACGCUCAAGGUUGCUGACUGCCAGAAAUGGUGGCUGCAGCAAGUACACCGAGCAAAUCUCACUCCGGAGUGCGAACGCUCCUUCCGCUUGGACGCGCAAGAUAUUUGCAACACGGUGAGCAGCCUGCGGACGUUCUCUCAGAGUGAGAACCGUGAGGUGCGGCAUGCUGCGUCCAAUGCUGUCUGGUCUUCCUUUCGUUGCUCCAGUCACGAAGUGCAGCGCCUGUUCUGCAAAGCGGUGAUGACGGAUCUUUUCAAGGUUCCCGCUAUCAAAGAAAGCCUGAAGGCUUGUUGCAGGCAAAUCCGCUACGUCUUUCGAGCUCUCGAAGACCGGGAGCUGCAGGACGUGAUCAUGAUUCUGAUGUGCAGAUUGCUGCACCCUGCCGAAUGGCAACAUCUGGCGGUUGACACUGAAAGCGAGCUCAAAGCCGUGCUUGAGAUCUUGUUGGCGGCUUCAAGCAAAUAUGAUUUAAAUGCUGUUGCCACCCUGCAAAAACGGCAAACCUUCCUCAUCCAGCAUGAUCCGUCGAAUAGGCAGAUCGAGCUUAUUGACGACCUUUUGUUCGUGUGUGCGCACUGA